GUGCAGCACAAUAACAUCCGGCGGAUCUACAGAGUGGACGGGAGUGAAGUUACAGAGACGGUGUUGAUGGUGUUGAUGGUGUUGACUCAUGAAUCAUGUGUGAAGCUGCCUUAGAGGAGGUCUCCGUCUUGUCGUCCAUUUACUGCGGAGAAGGAGAGUUCCAGCUCUUGGAGCAGUCUGCUCAGGAUGGACUCCUUGUCCAAAUUAACAGCACCGUGCUGGGAGCGGGCAGGGACACGAGUCUGUUGUUCCAUCUGCACCCGGGUUACCCCUCCUGUCCCCCCGACAUCUCUGUCUCCUCCACCGCUCUCUCCAGGACCCAGUGUCACGACAUCAGACAGAAGCUACUGGACCAAGCUGCAGCUUUACCAGCAGAGCCAAUGGUUCACGAGCUCGUAGAGUGGUUACAGCAGUGUGAGGAGGUGAAAGAGGAGCAGAGUAGAGGUGAAGAGGAGGUGAAAGAGAGAUGGACUGCAGUGCUGUCGUUGGACCACAUCCGGUCUAGAAAUCGUUACAUCGGGCUCCUGGAGCGCUGGAGCCAGCAGCUACAGCUGACUGUGAUUUUAUUACUGGGACGACAUAUACUGGUUAUUCUGCAGGGAACCAAACCCGGCAUCAAGGAGUUUUAUCACCUGUUGAAGACAGUAAAGGUGGAUGUGGAUUCUUCAGGCAAGAAAUGCAAGGAGAGGAUGAUGAAGGUUCUCAUUGAAACCCCUUUGUCUUGCUCCUAUGAACAUGGUCUCCAGAGAUUUGAGGUGAAGGAUUACAAGAUGUUACCAGAGCUGAGUGCAGCCUUUCAGGAACUCCACAUGACAGAGCUUUACGACCAGAUACUGCCUUCGUUGGGUGACUUGACAGCACACAGGUCACCACAGUGACAAAUCCAGAAUCGACAAGCAAAGCUUGACUGAGGAAUCAGUCAAAGACAAAAAGGCCUCACCCCCUUUUUCCCAAUACGCAAUUACAGCACAACACUAGCUGGGCUGUAUCAUCACAACUGACACAAAGGUACUCUGAUGUGAAAAACAGGGAAGGUUUCAGUGUUGCUGCAGUGCACAAAAUGGACGUCAAGUUCAUUUUCUGUGCCAAACAUCAAUCAGGGGUAAAUAAUUAGACGAAUGUUACUGAUGCCAUGACAAAUCGUUUUUAGAGCAGACAUUAAGACUUAUUAGAGCUCAGGUGUUGGUAACAAAAUCAGCGAUGGCUCUGUUCUAUGAAGUUGUGCCAGUAAACUAUGACGGUGGCAGUGAUUUAGCAUUAACAUCACCAGGACUCCAAAAACUGGAGUAACUAAAGCCAACAUUCACUCUGCUAUCAACAACUUACCACAACGAUGUCAAAAUGGUUCCCAUGAUCUGAAUAUAUUCUAUUUAAAAAUAGAAGAAAUUUCCCUAUAGUCAGUGAAAGUAUUUGAUGUAAAAGUGCUUUUGAUAUCGGACGAAACACUUUGUCUGCAGAAUUCCAUUCUGCUGCAUGCAACAUCUAGUGAAACAGAAAGCUCAGACAUGAAUUAACAUGGAAACAUGGAAUUCAUAGUGAAGUGGAUUAUAUGUGCUUUUAUGUACAAAGCACUGGGGGAGAAUAGAGAAAGUUCAACACUAUAUAUCAAAAACAAAUGGGAAUUGGAGUUAAAUAUAGAAAUCUCAGAAGAUGAUUGGUAUAGAAUGUGUAUGACACAAUGCACUACCACUGGCUCACAGACAUGGAGAGAGUUCGGCUGGAAGAAUCUCAUUAGAUUCUUUAUAACCCCUCAAAUCAAGAGUAGACAACCAUGCUGGAGGCUCUGUGGUAGCCAAGCGGCUAACCACACACAUGUUUUCUGGAGCUACUCGAAGCUACCACCUUUCUUGUAUACUGUAUAUACAAUUAUAAAUGACAAUGGGUUCUGACAUUCCGAAUAACUGUGUUGUCCUGUACUUAGGGAACAUUGAAGAUACUGUUCAAAUAAAAGAGAAGUAUCUGAUUAAAAGUUUACUCAUGGCUAGCAAAAAAGCAAUAACUAGAAACUGGCACAAAACUGAACCCCCAGGGAAAGAACACUGGUCUGAAGUUAUCCAGGAGAUUUAUGCAAUGGAAAGGUUAACUGAAAAUUAAAAUACAUUUCUUUGACAAGAAAUGGAGGAAAUGGACCAUCUACAUGAAGAGUGAUGCCAACAAUAUAUGCAUGACUGUAAAGGAAAAUGCCCCUCUGCCUGUAUUGCCCCUGACUAUGUAGGUUUUCAUGUUUGUUGAGGACUGCAACUAUUUAUGAAAAUCAAAUAAAAAAUAAAGUAUUUGCUUAAAGUUAA